GGAUUUUGAACAUCUAUUGUUGUUUACCUUAGAUCAUAUCUGAGAGACGGUAUGCAGACAACUGCUUUCAGGUUUGUCUUUCGUCUAAUAUAUAUACAGAUUUGACAAUCAAUUGUCUCAUUAAAAAAAAAUCGUAAAUUAAUGCUUGAAAGGUGUCUUGUUUAAAUGUCCCUAAAUACAUGUAACCUAUCAAUAUGUGUGAAUUGAUUUAGGUUAUUUAUUAGUAAUUUAAUAACAUCAUUUCGUUACUUACAUAUAUGUUUAACUAGUAACCGGCAUACUCCACCGUUCAUCGAUCUCAUUUCUCCCCUCCAUGUUACAUUUAUUUAAUUGCAGAUUUGUUUUUCAAGUAGUUUGAUUUUUAAUUUUGUCCUUUAGUGAUUAAAUUUAUGUCUAACAAAGCAUAAGUUUUUUUAAAAUGCGAAAGAUAAGAUAUUUCAAUACAAAAAUAAAAACUUAUAACUCAUAUUUUUUUUUAAUUAAGAGGCAAAAUAAAAAUCAACAUAAAAUAGGGGCAAAAGCGCAGAUAGCCCUUCGAACUAUAAAAAUCCAUUUUGUAUAUUUCAUUAUUUUAAAUUUAUCCCUUAAAAUAUGUUAAUUUUUUCUUUUUCUUUUUCUUUUUUAAAAAUAUCAGUUGUUGCAACAAUCGAAAUCAUAACAUUGCUUGUUAAGGACGUGCACAACUCUUCCACGUAGAAGUUGACACCAAGAACUUCAUUUGUUUAUUAUUCAUAUGUCAUUUCUUGUUAUUCAUUAAUGUAUUGACACUAGUAGUUCUCAAGUUGAUCUUCACCACUCUUUAUGCUUUUGAAACUAGUAACAUCCUUUGUCUUUUUUAUAAGAAACUCCAAGCAAAAAUAAAAAUAAAAAAACAUAUAUACUUCAUCCGUUCAGUUUAUUUGUCAUUUUUUAUCAGUUUAAAAGUAAUAUUUUUUUCUUUUGACAACUUUUUAAUUUCAACUUUUAAUAUAAUAUUUAAGAUCAUAAAAUUAAAUAAUAUUUAAUAUAUUCUACAUAUUUUAAAUUAGGACUACAAGAUUCAAUUUUUUUUUUAAUUUUAUUAAAUUUUAUGUUAAUUCAAAAUUAGACAAAUAAAUUAAAAUAAAGUCAGUAAUAAACAUUAGUUGAUAUAUGUGGAAGGUUUGAAUUAUUUAUAUCUUUUUACCACAAACUUUUAAAGAUUUAAAAGUAAAACAUAAAAUCUUUAGAGAGUUACGUACUAUUUUCUUCUAUCUAAAUUAUUAAGAGAUAUUGUUCACUGUUUCCUCUCAUCCCUAACGUGAAUAAAUUUUUUCUUAUUGUGAGACUGAAGUCUUCCUCCUCCAAACUUAUUUACUUAUCCUAAUAGAAAUAAACAAUCGAAAAAAUCGAAAAAAAAUCCCAUAACUACCCAAUCAGGAAAGACCGAUAUAUAUAAAGUAAACUUUAUGAUAUAUCUCUAAGCUUUAAGACUUAGGAUUUAAGUAGAAGACCGCCACUCUUAUGAACCCAAAAUAUUAAAAACAUUACGAACUUCCCUCUUAGAGAAAAACUCUUUCUCCUUAAGAAAAUGUCUCAGCUAGAACAAUCUUCUUCAACCUCAAAUAUUAUUCAAGAUCCAUUAAAACUCUUGAAACACUACGUACCAUUAUUCCCUAACACCAAAAUCACAAAUAUUUUCACCAUUUUAAUGAAGUGUUUUCUUGUUAUUUGUUUAGUUUCUUCCAUUUCUUUAAUUUCCCUCACUGCUUUUUCGAAUAGAUCGCUAUGGCUUAGUCCAUGUUCAGAUUGUAGUGCCAUCAAUAUUCAUACUACCUAUGCUUAUAGUACUGCCGUUACAAAUAAUGUUAGAAGAAAAAAUGUCAUCAAAGAAAAGGAAGAAGUUACAGGUAUAACUCAUAUUUUAUUUGGUAUUGGAGGGUCCGCUAAGACAUGGAAUGAUCGUAAGGGUUAUUCGGAUUUAUGGUGGGAACCAAACGUGACAAGAGGGUUCGUGUGGCUCGAUGAAAAGCCGGGAGAAAAUGAGACAUGGCCCGAAAGUUCACCACCCUAUAGGGUCUCGGAGGACACAUCAAAGUUCAAGUACACAUGUUGGUUUGGUGAUAGGUCAGCAGUGAGGAUCGCGAGGAUUGUGAAGGAGAGUUUUGAAUUAGGGUUAGAGAAUGUGAGGUGGUUCGUUAUGGGAGAUGAUGAUACAGUAUUUUUUACAAAGAAUUUGGUGACAGUUUUGGGUAAAUACGAUCAUAAUCAGAUGUAUUAUAUAGGUGGGAAUUCGGAGAGUGUGGAACAGGAUUUGGUCCAUUCUUAUGGUAUGGCUUAUGGUGGUGGUGGAAUUGCGAUUAGUUAUCCUCUUGCAGAGGUGUUAGUGAAGAUUUUAGAUAGUUGUAUUAAUCGGUAUAGUGAUUUCUACGGUUCUGAUCAGAAGAUUGGUGGAUGUAUGGCUGAAAUUGGCGUUCCUCUCACUAAAGAACUCGGCUUUCAUCAGAUGGACAUACAUGGAAGUCCACGUGGGUUUUUGGCGGCGCAUCCAUUAGCACCAAUUGUAUCACUGCACCAUAUAGCCGUUAUACAUUCUCUAAUUCCACUAAUGGAUCGAGUUGAUUCGGUGAAGAAGGUGAUGGAGGCAUACAAAAAAGAUUCAAGUCGAACAAUGCAACAAAGUUUCUGUUACGAUCUAAAGAAAAAUUGGACGUUAUCAGUGUCAUGGGGAUAUUCGAUUCAAUUAUAUCCAAGUUUAAUGAAUGCCAAGGAAUUAGAGACACCAUUGAGGACAUUUGAAACAUGGAAAGGGUUUGAAGAACCAUUCACAUUUAAUACUAGGCCAAAUUAUAUGGAACCAUGUGAAAAACCUAUAGAUUAUUAUUUGGAUCGCGUAUUUGAGCUCAAUAAUGGUGAAACUUUGACGACUUAUAAGAGAAUUGCAGAUUAUAAUAAGCAAUGUGAGAAUGAAAAUUAUAAGCCAGCACUAGCAGUUCAAGUGAUUAAUAUCACGGCACCUAUUUUAUCUCCCCAAGUAUGGAGACAGGCACUACAAAGGCAAUGCUGUGAAGUGAUUAAUGGUGAAGAUGAUAGUAAUAUUGACACUGUUCGACAUAUCAGAAUUAGCAGUUGCAAUAAAUGGGAAUCAGUAACAUUGCCUUCUGACUAGGAGGAACAUUAAUUAACACUAUGGCAAAAAUUGGAAACGUUGGUAACAAAUUGUACAGUAAUAUUGUUGUGUCUUCCAUUCUUUUCCCCUCCCGCUUGUUGAACUUUUUAUGAGGACAAAACACAUCUUUUUUCCUUUUUAUGUUUUCGUGAACAUACUUCACUUACCUUAGCUAGACUUUUUUUUCCCCUACAGUGAGCUGAAAAUCGUAACGUAAAUAAUUAUUCAGUAUUUUAUAUUUAGAGAAUGAAAGCAUAAUUUGUUCGAAUUCUCUCGAGUGUUCGCUUUUUUAGUGGUUCCCCAGAAAUCUUUAUCAUCUAUGUAAGGCCUUGAUCAUUUUGCUCAUUCAUGAAAUUGUAUUUAGUGUCUUGAAAAAUUAAUGUCAUUCAUUGUUAGCUUAAGUCCU